AUGGGCUACCCCGAGGUGGAGCGCAGGGAACUCCAGCCCGCGGCAGCGCCGAGGGAGCGCGGGAGCCAGGGCUGCGGUUGUCGCGGGGCCCCUGCCCGGGCUGGCGAAGGGAACAGCUGCCGGCUCUUCCUGGGUUUUUUUGGCCUCUCGCUGGCCCUCCACCUGCUGACGUUGUGCUGCUACCUAGAGUUGCGCUCCGAGUUGCGGCGGGAGCGGGGAGCCGAGUCCAGCCUUGGCGGUCCCGGUAACCUCGGCACCUCGGGCACCCUGAGCAGCCCCGGUGGACUCGACCCCGACGGUUCCAUCACCCGCCACUUCGGGCAGCCAUCCCCGCAGCAGCAGCUGCUGGAACGGGGAGAAGCUACGCUCCCCCCCAACGCCCAGGACGGGCACCAGGUGGCCCUUCUGAAUUUCUUCAUCCCUGAAGAAAAGUCAUACUCUGAAGAGGAGAGUAGGCGUGUUCGCCGCAAUAAAAGAAGUAAAAGCAGUGAAGGAGCAGAUGGUCCAGUUAAAAACAAGAAAAAGGGAAAGAAGGCAGGACCUCCUGGGCCCAAUGGCCCCCCAGGACCUCCAGGACCUCCAGGACCCCAAGGACCCCCAGGGAUUCCAGGGAUUCCUGGAAUUCCAGGAACAACUGUUAUGGGACCACCUGGCCCUCCAGGUCCUCCUGGUCCUCAAGGACCCCCUGGUCUCCAGGGACCUUCUGGUGCUGCUGAUAAAGCUGGAACUCGAGAAAACCAGCCAGCCGUGGUGCAUCUACAGGGCCAAGGGUCAGCAAUCCAAGUCAAGAAUGAUCUUUCAGGUGGAGUGCUCAAUGAUUGGUCUCGGAUCACCAUGAACCCCAAGGUGUUUAAGCUACACCCCCGCAGUGGGGAGUUGGAGGUACUGGUGGACGGCACCUACUUCAUCUAUAGUCAGGUAGAAGUAUACUACAUCAACUUCACUGACUUUGCCAGCUAUGAGGUGGUGGUGGACGAGAAGCCCUUCCUGCAGUGCACCCGCAGCAUCGAGACAGGCAAAACCAACUACAACACGUGUUACACGGCGGGCGUCUGCCUUCUCAAAGCGCGGCAGAAGAUCGCCGUGAAGAUGGUGCACGCCGACAUCUCCAUCAACAUGAGCAAGCACACCACCUUCUUCGGGGCCAUCAGGCUGGGCGAGGCCCCUGCAUCCUAGAUUUCCCCCCCCAAUCCCGUUUUGCCCCUGCCCGUGCUCCUACCCUAGGUUAGGGAGCCGGGACUUCCAGAACCUAAGUGCUGCUGUGGAGUGAGGUGUGUGGGUGUAGCAGCCACAGAGAAAAAUGCCCUAGUGCUAUUUAUUCCCCGGUGACUUCAGGAUGACAAGGUCUGCUUGACUUUCCAGAAUGACCUUGAGUGAACAGGACAUGAAGCAGAACCUUCCUCCUUGGCUCCGUGUUGACUGCUUCCGGCAUGACUCUUCAACCUCGAGGUCCCGGGUGUCAUUUUGUUGCACUAAAGUGAGGGGCUCAGGCAGCAGGCGAGAAUUAGCAAAGGUGCAGCCCAGACUGUGGGGCAAGCCUCUGACCCUGAAGGGCGGGGCGGGGGCCGGGCAGGAGGGGAGCAUUGCAACCUAAAGAGAGGGGCAGGGAGGGAAAGGCAGGUGCUUGUGGCAGAGCCCAGGGGAGAAACCUGCCAGAUGGUUUUCCCACUAUCACUGAGCCGCGUCCCGGCAGCUGGCAGGGCUUUGAGGACAGGAGGUUUGCUUUUCCUUGGAGCAAUUGCAGGGCAUGGCCAGAAACCUGCCUGCAUAAGAAACAGAGGCCGUGCUUGGGGCCACAUGUCUUUCACUUUGUUUACAGCUGUGCUCCAAGCUCAGAAGACUCCUUGGGUCCCCCCGCAAUUGUCCCCUUCCCAACCUGGCGAGAACCUCCGUUUUCUUCCUCCCCAGAGCCUACCUCUGUCUGAGACAGGUGCCUAUCCUGGGACCUGGGUUUAUGUGAGUCUGGGAUACUCUUUAGAUUACCUGGGCACAAAGGAAAUUUUCCAUUUAUUAAGCAACACAAAUAUUCAUCUAGUCGAGUCGUGUCUGGGGGCAAAGGGUUGGACUGGAUGACCUCCAGAA